AUGGCGGAUGCCGAGGACCCCACGCCUGGCUAUGGAGGUGUGAUGUCCAGAACGCUGUCCUUCCUGGACAAACUUCUUUCUGACUUUUGGGGGACGCUGUCCCUCCGACAACCGGUACCCGACCUACAAACCACGCAGGAUCACCCACCUAAACCCGGUCUCCGGCAGCCUCAAACUUGGCGUGGCACAAAGACAGUGCGAAAAUGGCGGAGAAGACCAGGUCGGCGGAGCAUGGAAGGCGGGAAGCGCAGGCCUGCAUCAGCAAGGGGUGCCUAUAGAGCCGGCAGCUGGAAAAUCAAGCAGGAUAAACCAGGGAGAGGAGAGCAGGGGAUAUCGAAGAAGAAACCAUAUAACAUGGACUCUGUAUCGAUUUUGUCUGGGUCAAUAUGCCUCCUGAUCCACCCCAUUACCUGGUAUUGUACCCUGCCCAUGACGGGCAUAGGCUGA